AUGACCACGGAGGUGGGCAUGGUUUGUGGUGGAGACUUGUUAACGCCCACCUGGGCCCUGCGUUUCACGGUGGCACUCACGUCGUUAGCAUCAACGUGGUUGCAAUCCCGGAGGUCCCACCCCUCACCGCGUCACCUGCUGGCGCUAGUGGGCGAGCCCCUUGGAGUAGAGAGCGGCCUGUUCAACUGCCCGUUUGUGCCGCGACAGUUGCAUUGUCGAGCAGUAAUCUCGUGUGCGCAGCUCGGGCGGGAGGAGGUGUUCUGCUGCGCGGAGGCGGUAGCAGAGGCGACGGGGGCGGCGACAGAGGAGGUGGCGACGGCGGAGGAGGAGGUGGCAACGGCGGAGGAGGAGGUGGCGACGGCGGAGGAGGAGGUGGCGACGGAGGCGGCGCGGGCCGAGGGCCUGCCCGUGCGCGUGCUCUGGCUGACGCGCGGCGUCGGCGCCGACGCCAUCCUCAGCUGGCGCUCCGAAGGCUGGCUGCGCGAGGGGCUGCGCGCGCUCGCCCCCAGCGGCCGCUUCGUGCAGAUGCGGGAGGCGGACGCCGCUUCGCAGGAGACUGUCGAAGGCUGUCCAAAUAAUAAAGUGCUCAUCCAAAUACGACCUGAAGAAAAGGACAAGGCAAUUUCGGCGCCGCAAAUAUUGAACUUGCAAGCUCUUUCACGAUUCCAGACAGUUCCUAGUGCUUCGUAUGUCAUUUACGAUAUAUAG